AUGCUUCAAGCGCAGACCCAGCACGUCUUCUCUCACCAGCAUCAAUACCCCCAGGCUGAUCCUUCGUGGAUGCAGCAUCAGCAACAGCAACAGCACCACCAGACUCAGCCGCACCCACACCAGUCGCAGCAGCAGCACGCUUCCCUGGUCGCCCAACAGCAUGCCCAGGUGCAAGCUGCCGCUGCCGCAGCACAGCAACAACACUAUGGCCGCAUUGCCAUGAGCGGUAAUGGCACUGGAAACCCCACACAGGGAGCCGGUGGCGCCGGCGGCAUGGGUGGAGAUGGUAUGUCAAGUGCGGCCUCCGCCAUGGACGGUGGAGUCAGUGAGGAGAAUCGCAAGGUUUUCAUUUGGGUCGCCGAGUUAUUGGAUCCAGCUCGCAGAGAAUCUGCUUUGAUGGAACUGAGCAAGAAACGGGAACAGGUCCCCGAACUGGCCCUGGUUAUCUGGCACUCUUUUGGUGUCAUGACUGCGCUCCUUCAAGAAAUUAUUUCGGUAUAUCCGCUCUUGAACCCUUCUCAGCUGACUGCCGCUGCGUCAAAUCGAGUCUGCAAUGCGCUGGCGCUUUUGCAAUGCGUCGCAUCCCACAAUGAGACCCGAACUCUAUUCUUGAACGCUCACAUCCCUCUUUUCCUCUACCCCUUCCUCAACACUACCUCCAAGUCUCGUCCCUUCGAAUACCUCCGACUAACAUCGCUGGGCGUCAUCGGCGCAUUGGUGAAGAAUGACUCCUCUGAUGUGAUCAACUUCCUCCUAACUACGGAGAUCAUCCCUCUCUGCCUGCGCAUUAUGGAGACGGGAUCAGAGCUGAGCAAAACUGUUGCUAUCUUUAUCGUACAGAAAAUUCUUCUUGAUGAUAUCGGCUUGGGCUACAUUUGCGCGACAUAUGAAAGAUUCUAUGCUGUAGGCACUGUCCUGAGCAACAUGGUUACACAGUUGGUGGAGCAACAGACUGUCCGUCUUCUGAAGCAUGUUGUGCGCUGCUUCCUUCGACUCAGUGACAAUAGCCGGGCCCGAGAGGCCUUGCGACAAUGUCUUCCCGAACCUCUUCGGGACGCCACGUUCUCCUCCGUCCUCCGUGACGAUGCAGCCACCAAGCGCUGCCUGGCUCAACUCCUCAUCAACUUGUCCGACACCGUCUCGGAUGGAGCCCCGGCAGCCAUGUAA